UAAUCUAUCGUUUUGGGUACGUAAAAUCGCCCGCGGCUAUUAAUGUACGAAAACGUUACCUCAUUGUCAAGGCUGUAAUAGAAGUAUAUUGUGAUAUGUUUGUGUCAAAUAUUAUAGAUAAAUGAAUAAUAAACCUAAAUCAAUGGCUAAAUAUAUCAAUAUAGGCCAGAAAUUAACUUUAAACAGCUGUGUCUGCAAGCAAGAUUUGCUAUAUAAACAGCAGCCAUUUGUAAAAUAGAGUGACUUCCGCCUGAAUCUCGCGCUAUAUGUCUAUAAAAAUAAAACUUAAACAAGAUGGCUGCUAUAGUAAAUGAGCGUGGUUGCAUCUGUUGGAAACAUCGCUGGUGUUCAUUUAUUACUGAAAAGUUUUAAUUCAAUUGUUUAAAAACAGAGAUUAAUGCACUAAAAGUCUUCAAGAAAGAAACUAUGGCUUCAUAUCUGAUAGAUAGAAAUUCUCCAAUAAGAUCAGGCAUUGCUCCUAAAUUAAGACACAGAUCUCCCAACUCUGAGUCUGAUCACCAUGUGACGGAGGGAAUAUCUUCAUUUAACACUAAACUUGAUGGACCUUUCUCUCCUGAAAAAAACAAAAGCCAAGAAAAUAUUUCAUUGGGAGCACAGGGCUUUAAUCAUCGGCCAAAAGAAAAAGGAAAAUCAUUACUUGGCUAUUUUAUGACGGAACUUACCAGAGAUUACAGACUUGAAGGUGAUGCCUCUGAAUUUGUUGAGCGUAGAGAUAGAGUGUACACUUCCGUAAACACGCCAAAAAACUUAGAAAAGUUUUGUGCGUUUGGAUUCCUACAGUGUCUUGACUCCAUUUUGUACAUGGUGACAUUCCUUCCUCUGCGCAUCAUCGUUGCUAUUGCUAAAGUUUUAACAUACCCAUGUGCUGUUGUUUUCACCGGUGAUAGAAGAUUUUUAGAUGGGGCGCAAAUUUGUGACCUGCUAAAGGGAUUGAUUCUUGUGAUCAGCUGUUUCAUCACCAGCUACAUAGACAUGUCCAUGAUCUACCACAUUGUCAGAGGGCAGUCUAUCAUCAAAUUCUAUGUCUUCUACAACAUGCUAGAUGUUAUGGACAAACUAGUCUCUGGCUUUGGUCAAGACGUGCUGGACAGUUUAUACUGGACAGCUGUUGAACCAAGAGGACGAAAGAGAGAGCAUUUUGGCACGAUUUUUCAUUUGAUCUUUGCAAUAACUUAUGUUGUGGUGCACACAGUGAUGAUACUGAUACAGGCAAUCAUCCUUAAUGUUGCCUUCAACUCUCACAAUAAAAAUUUGCUGACAAUUAUGAUGUCUAACAAUUUUGUUGAAAUCAAAGGCAACCUGUUCAAGCGUCUAGACAAGAACAACCUGUGCCAGAUCACCUACAGCGAUGUGAAGGAGAGGUUCCAUUACCUGGUGCUGCUGCUCUUUGUCUUCAUCAGAAACAUGAAGGAGCUGCAGUGGAGCUGGGAUAUGGCUUUUCCCAUAAUCCAAGAUGCUGCCAUUGUGAUGUUUGUUGAAAUUAUAGUGGACUGGAUCAAGCAUGCGUUUAUCACCAAGUUUAAUGAGCUGUCAGCCAGUUCCUAUGCAGAUUUUGCUCUGGGUUUGGCUCAAGAUAUUGCUACAAGUCAGAAGAAGCAUGCCUUCACCAACUUCAGCGACCAAGUAUGUCGACGUAUGGGCUUUACGCCGAUGCCUCUCAUAUGUUUACUCUACAUGGUCUGUACCACGUCCUUCAGUGUCAACGGUCCACUGCCCUGGCUGUUGGUCUUCCUCUUCUACUUAUGUUUGAUUUCUACAAAAGUGUUAAACAGUAUAAUUUUAUUGGGCUGGGCUCAGCGACUGAUCAAUGAAAGAAACAAAAGUGCCAAGUCUACUGGAACAGUUGUCAAUUCUCAGGUUAUACCCAAGAAAGAAGAGAAAGGCCCAUCAAAGGUCAAGGCUGAAAGUGACCUGUCCACCCCUGUGGCCAGUGGACCGCGUCUGACCACAGUCUCGUCCAGCGUGGCUGUCAACACAGAUGCCAGCAUGUACACAGAUGCAUCAGAUACCCUGUCUGAUUCUGUUUACCAUUCCACCUCCUACCUGAGCACCUCGGAUAUGCUGUCUCAGUCAGUUGAUGCCACGGAUAUCCUGUCUGAGUCUGUGGAUGGGAUCUAUCCAUCUGCAUCCAGUAACCCUCAGCCUGUGGUGGACACUAGACCUCCAGCCAAUGUGUUUGGCCAUACAACCUCCCCACCACCUGUCUCAGUGUCCUCAGAUAUCUACACAGAGAAAAGCCACCCAGUGAAGCCAGAGUGUUUGAAAGUUGAACCCACAGAAGGUGAAAGGUUGGAUCCUGGUCAGGGUUCAAAGUUCACACAAUCUAAGACAGACAGCGCAGCAGAGGUUGUUUUCCUCUCUUCUCCCAACCAGCCAUCAAAAGACAAGCAACAGACAACAGCUAUAGAAACUUUGGGCUGUGACACAUCACAUACAACUGACACCAGUGACAGGUCACAUACGACUGACACCAAUGUCAACUUACUGUCCUCGAACAAUGAAAGCACCUCACAUCAAGACAAAACAGCACUGACUCCAUUAAACAGCCAGGAGUCUAACACUGACUCCGUUAAACAGCCAGGAGUCUAAUACUGACUCCAUUAGACAAUCAGUAGUCUAGUCCACCUACAUAGUGCCAUCAACUUGCAUUAAAUUGUUCAAGUCAGUAGUCUCCACAUCAAUUCAGAUUUUCAUCGUUCAUAUUUGGCAACAGGGUUGACAAUGAAGACAAUCUGUUGCUCACUGCUUGUGGCUCAUCAUGUAUUUGCAGCAAUUAUUAGUGGACCCAUAAGGUGUACAUAAACAAUAAAUAAUGUUCUUCUAAAACUCUCUAAGAUUUGAUGUGUUGUACGCUUUAGUGUACAAAAUUACUGACAAUCCACCCUGUAACAAGUCUUGUAUAUUUGUGAUUGACAUGUCAUAUUGCUUCCUGCUUGAUUUACAUUAGAUCUUUCUGUAAUUAAAUAUUUUUAAUGUGUGGAAAAAUGUACUAAAUGAUGAACGUUUCCAACCUUUUAUCCUUCUGGAGUUACCUCCCUGUUUGAUAUCCUGAGUCAUUUCCCUGCUUACAGAUGCAUUGAGUUACUUCCCUGCUUAUAGAUACCCUGCUGCUGAUUGUACAAAGAACUUGUGACAUUUCUGCUGCUGCUUGUUACAACCUAGUCAGGCUCCCCCAUCAUGAGGUUUUCAAAAGAUUUGUGGUACCUGGCUCUCCAGUUAGAUCCUUUGUGCCAUUACACCUUGUCCUUUUAUAGCCGUCCUGUAGUUUGUCAUUGCUGGUCUAUCUGCUGCUGCUUGCGGUUCUCAUUUAAGUAUUGUCCUCAUGUGACCUACUGAUGUUGGGAGGUCAAAGGUUAGUGCAUUCCAUAUUGAUUUAUUUUAUUAUUGAGUGUUUGUAGCCCUAGAUACAGUACGGUUGUAUGUGUACCAUUUUGUUGCUGUAAGUAGGUUUGUAUGUGUACCAUUUUGUUGCUGUAAGUAGGUUUGUAUGUGUACCACUUUGUUGCUGUAAGAAACUUGACCAUUGAAAUUUUUGUAGAGAAAAUAAUACAAUCAAAAAAUUCAUUUGACAUUUGUAGGUCAGGUAAGUAAAGUCUUGGUUCAACCAGCUGACAUUUGUAGGUCAGGUAAAUAGUCUUGGUUCAACCAGCUGACAUUUGUAGGUCAGGUAAAUAAAGUCUUGGUUCAACCAGCUGAC